GCUAUAAAGCUGCUGGGCGGCGAGCGAGGCAGAGCAGCCGCGGCCGGCUGAGCUCCCGGCUCGGCCCCGCUCCGCCCGCCCCGCCGCGCUCGGGGGUCCCGCGGCAGCGCGCAGCAUGCGCCGUGCCCGCCCGCAGCCCCCCGGCCCCCGGCGCGCCGCUCCGCCCCGGCCGGCGCUGUAGGACGCGGAGGAGCCGCGCUCGGAGCCGGGCGCGGCGCGGGUGGAGCCGGGGCGAAGGGCGGGGGUGUCCGCGCAGCCAGGGUUGAUGUUUAACCUGGAGCGCCCGUUCACGGAGAGGGGACACUUCUUCUCCUCCAUGGAGUACCAGCGGCAGCUGGAGGAGGAGGAGGGCUACCCCCCUCCCGGCACCAAUGGGACUUUCAACGACAGCGGGGCCGGGCCGGGCUGGGGCACGCCGUACCCUCUGCACACCACCAUCACUCUCAUCAGCCUGGCCGGCUUGCUCAUGCUCUUCACCGUCUUUGGCAACGUCCUGGUCAUCAUCGCUGUCUUCACCAGCCGGGCGCUCAAAGCCCCCCAGAACCUCUUCCUGGUCUCCUUAGCCUCAGCUGACAUCCUGGUGGCCACUCUGGUCAUCCCCUUCUCGCUGGCAAAUGAGGUGAUGGGGUACUGGUACUUCGGUAAAGUCUGGUGUGAGAUCUACCUGGCCUUGGAUGUGCUGUUCUGCACCUCCUCCAUUGUGCACCUCUGUGCCAUCAGCCUGGACCGGUACUGGUCCAUCACACAAGCCAUCGAGUACAACCUCAAGCGUACCCCGCGACGCAUCAAAUGCAUCAUCUUCAUCGUCUGGGUCAUCUCAGCUGUCAUCUCCUUCCCACCACUCAUCUCCAUCGAGAAGAAGAGCGGGCAGCAGGCUGACCAGGGGGUGGCAGAGUGCAAGAUCAACGAUGAGAAGUGGUACAUCAUCUCUUCUAGCAUCGGCUCCUUCUUUGCCCCAUGCCUCAUCAUGAUCCUGGUCUACAUGCGCAUCUACCAGAUAGCCAAGAGGAGAACAAGGGUCCCGCCGAACAAGCGGGCAGAGCGCCCUGAGAAGAAGCAGAAUGGCUUGACUGACAAGGAGGACCUGCCAGCCACAGCCCAGCUCAACGGGGAGAAGGCAGCAGGAGGCAGUGGUGGGCAAGAGGGAGAGGUCAAUGGCAUAGACAUGGAGGAGACAUCUUCCUCCGAGCACCAGGAGAACAACCAGUGUAAGAAGUCAGAGAGACCAUCGAGAGGAAAGACCAAGACUAAGCUGAGCCAAAUUAAGCCCGGGGACAGUUUGCCCAGGAAGACAGAGGAGGAGAGGAACACCAAAGGGUCCCGCUGGAGAGGCAGGCAGAACCGGGAGAAGCGCUUCACCUUUGUGCUUGCAGUGGUGAUCGGGGUCUUUGUCAUCUGCUGGUUCCCCUUCUUCUUCACCUACACGCUGACGGCCGUCUGCGAGAGCUGCGCCGUGCCCGACACCCUCUUCAAGUUCUUCUUCUGGUUCGGUUACUGCAAUAGCUCCUUGAACCCUGUCAUCUACACCAUUUUCAACCAUGACUUCAGACGGGCCUUCAAAAGGAUCCUCUGCAGGAUAGAGAGGAAAAGGAGUGUUUGAAGGACCCUGUGCUACCGGCAGGACUAAUCAGGACUUUGUAGGAGUGUAAAGAAGUGAGUCUCUCUCGGGCUGUGCUUGCGUGGGAUGGUUUCCUUCAGCAGGAAGCCUUUAAAACCUGAGAUGAGCCUGUGGGAGCACGGGGCAGCAGCAGAGAAGAGCAGCAGGCAAGUGGAGGUCUGAGCUGUGGCAUUCGGCUUGCCAGGGAAAGAUGGCCUUUGACUUGCUUGGUUUAUUUUGUUAGGGUUGUUUCUUUUUUUUUUUUCUCCUUCUGCCAGAAUCUCUCAGUGGAUAUUCUCAUGACUGCUCAGUUUGACUCUUUAAAGGCAAAUGUCGUGCAGCUCUGCGAGAUGAACAACAAAGAGGGAGUAUGCCACGCCAGAGGUGUUGGCUUUUUUAUUUUGUUGUGUCUUUUCCCCCCCUUGUUGUAUAUGUAAUGAAUUUUGACCCCCUUGUAAAAUACAGUAUUGUAUUCUUGAAUUUGAAUGCUUAAUUUUUGUAAGGCAAGCAGCUUUGAAACUGUGAAUGCUUUAAUUAUCUUUGAUACCUUAAAAAAGUCUUUCUUUUCCUACCCCCUGCAAAGCCCUUCACUCAAAACCACUGAACAGCUAGAGCCAUCCCCCUACCUGACAGUUUGAUAAUAUUACCAAAAUUCCCAAAUUCCUGUAUUUUUUUUUUUUUGGGGGGGGGGGGGGGGUGGGGCUAUUAAGCUUAUGAUCACAGACCUCACCAGACUGGCUAUCUUUGUUGCUAUUUUUAAUUUAGUUUCUGUUUAAUUUCUGUGUUGCCUGUGACACAACACAGCUGAGAUGGCAACUGCCAUCUCGUUACUCAUGAGAGCAGAGCCCGACAGAGGGGUGGCUUUGCUGUGCAGGCAGGGAUGUCCCAGGCAACAGAGACUGUCUCCCUUGCAACGUGAGCCUUGGGACCCUGCCAAGCUCCCCACGAGUUAAUCUUGUUUGAUAUUACACCACUCUGCAGCACUGAAAUGUGUUCGAUGCUCACUCGCUUCCUCCACCUCAACUGUAAAUAGGUAACGUUUCAAAGCAAACAGCAGGGCUCUGCAUAUCAUGUUAUCUCAUCUGUGCUGAUUUGUGAUCGUUUAACUUCUGCAGGAUUUCCUGCAGAGAGGAAGGGGUUUGUGCACAGUGGUCACUCGUCUUUCUCAAUUAAGAAAGAGUUCAGUUUUUAACCUGCCAGUCUCAUCUUUCCUAGGAAAUAGGGAAGCAUCCCUCUUUCAGUCUUGUAUAAGGCAAAACUCUGAAGUGGGAAACUUAACUUCCAGUUUCUCCAUUAUUUUAUAAUGUUUGUUUUUUUUUUUUUUUUUUUUUUAAUUAAAGUGUAAAUAUUGUGGAAUUGGAGCAGGAGAGAGAGUUAAUACUGCUUUUACACUCUUUCCUGAAAUGGCUUUCAACUCUUUGUGCUAAAAAAAAAACAAAACCCAAAACAAAAAUGGACAGAACAAAUCUAACAUUCUUGUGCCAUGAAUAAAUUUCUGGAGAACAUUUAUAGGAAAAAACUUUUGAUUUAUCACAAUAAAUAAAUAAAUGAAUCUGCAAUGAUAGGAAAACAGCUUUAUCAAAUGCUGACAAGUCACAAAAAGGGUUUGGAGAAAGCAAAGUUUGUAUACAUUGAAUGUAUAAUUGAAUUUGCCUUCUCUGGAGUUGUAUGGUACACAGGAAGAGACUUUAAAAAUAUGUUUUUACUUUUGGGAAGUGUUUUGUUGGUUUUGUUCUCUCUUUUGACUUUCUAAUUAACUCCAAGAAUCCCCGGAUGCAUCUUGGGACUUGGAGAGCAGUGUUUACAUUCACUUGCAUUUCCAGAACUGUAUCCUCAAGAGGUGAGGAAAGCAAAUAAACUGUGCUUUAAUGUAAAAAAAAAAAACAAAAAACAAAAAAACAAAAAAACUAAAACAAAACCAAACCACAAGCAGAAGUUGCUAUAAUGGAUGAUUAUUUUUAUUAAAUAAAAGAGCGUUUACAGAUCAA